AUAAAUACCUUUACGUUUAUUUUUUCAUACGCCAAUAUUGGUAAACGAAAUACAGAAUAAUAAUACUUUCGGUGUAGUAAAGUUUUUAAAUCCAUGUGUUCUAAAAAAUAGCUAGCAUAUUGAAUUGAACAUUACCAAACGACAAUUGUAAUUUAAUUUAGUGUGAAUAUCUGUUUUAUCGUUUAUUUAUUGACGCCAUCUUCAGUUAGAUAGUAUAGGAAUUGUUCGCCAAUCGCAGUUCGUACGUCUCUGGCAGUGAACGGAACGAAGUGCCGUCGUAUAGAUCGCUGGCUGGCCGUCGGGCUGAAAAUAGUGAACGAAGUAUGAGUUUUCGAAAUAUGUUCGAAUAAAAAGUGAACAGUGAGUGACUGUCAUCGAGCAAGAUGGUUGAUGACGUGAAAGAUAUUACGGAAAAAGCUGAAAGUAAAGAGGCCCUAGACCGAGCAAGAUUGGCGCGCGAACGUCGCGAGGCUGAGCAAAGGAAACGGCUAGAUGAGUUGAGAGCACACGCGGCUGCUGCGCAAGCGCAACGAGAGAAGAGAGAUGAGGACCGACGUCGCAGGCAGGCUGAACAGCGCGCCAAGGACGAUGACAGACGACUUCAGGUGGAGGAGCGGAAACGUGCAAUAUGGGAAGCGUCGAUAUCCCGCCGCGAAGCGUUGCUUCAACGCGAACGCGAUCGCACCGAACGUCUGGAACGAGCGCGAGCCGCUCGCUCGGCGCCCAGACCCGCGUUCGCGUUCGGUUCCUCUACGCCAAGGCUGUUAGAGCCCGUCGACUCGGCUGGAUUCUUUUGGGCCGCGCGCAGUACCAACCCCAUAGAUCAGAUGAACUUUUUUGAAUCACUGGCGGCAUCAACAACUAAUGUGAUGUUCGCGUCUGCGCCGCUCACGAGACGCGCGUCCGCACUUCAGCUAGACACGUCCGAUACUGACAAUAAAGACGAACCCGACCGUUCCCCCCAACCCGUGUGGUCGUCAGUGGCCCGCCGCCGGACCGACCUGGUCCCCACGCUGCCCGCGCGACCAGGUAGGGCCUACUCCAUGACGAGACUGGACAAGCUGCCCUCCCAGCGCCCGAUACACUCCGCGUCGCCUUCCAUGCAUCACCUCAACAUACGACAGCCCCGGUCCGGCGACACGACCCCCGGCUCUCGGCCCGGCUCCGCGAUGUCCAACUCGGUUGUACGGCGAGCCUCGUCCGCGCCCCGCAAGCCGCGCCCCGCCUCUAUAGCCGGUACGGGUGUUAACACUCCCCGAGGUAAAUUGGACUUUAAUACCAGCGCCGCCACCACGCCGUCGGUGUCCCGCGACGCCAGCACCGUCGUCAUCCGCGCCGCCGCCACGCCGCGCCGCCCGCGCCCGCUGUCGCUGCACGCGCCCAGCAGGCCCGCUGGCCCGCUCGGUCCGGGAGAAGGCAAACCACCUCUUCACAGAAAGCCAAAGCCAUCCAAAGAUCACGAUAAGUCGGCAAAGUCGCUGUCCGCGUCUCCCGGUCGAGCGUUGUCGCCCUCCCCGGCCAAGGAGAGUAGUGGGGAAAAGGAGACUAAAGCGAGACAAAAAGACACCAUGGAUGAGGUUUCAGAUAAGAGUCAAGUCAGCGCAAUAGAGGUAACGCAGAAGUUAGAAGCCCUACAAAUCGGGGAAGCCAAGCAAACAAGCGAAAUGAAAGAAAGCGUAGUGAAUAUCCAAGAAACGAACAACGAACAAAAAGUAGUACAGAACAAAGAAGAGAAACUAAUAGACGUACAGAAGCCAGAGAAAGAGGAGAAGAGAGAAGAGAAGAAAGAGAAGGAGGAGAGGAAAGAACCCUCUCAGGAGAAGACUGAAGAAAAUGAAAUGACUGCAUCGAUGACGGGUCGUCGUAUAACGACAGAGGAAGAGGCAAAGGCCGCACUUGCUGAAAGGCGACGUCGUGCAAGAGAGGAACUUGAAAGGCAGGCCGAACUCGAGAGGCAGAGACUGCAGCGUGAGGCAGAAGAAGAAGCGGAAAGACAGCGUCAAGAAGAAGAGAGACAGAGACGCGAGGAGGAGGAGGCAAGAGAGCUCGCCGCUCUACAGAGGAGGAUGGAGGAGGAAAAGCUAAAAAAAGCGAUCGAGGCGCAGCAGCAGCUCGAGCGCGAGGAGGCGCAGCGGCGCGCGCGCGAGGAGGAGGAGCGGGCGGCGCGCGCGCGCGAGGACGAGGAGCGGCGGCGCGCGGCCGAGGGGCUGGAGGCGGCGCGCCGGCGGGAGGCGGAGCGCGAGGAGCGCGAGCGGCUGGCGCGCAAGCAGCGCGUCGAGGCCAUCAUGGCGCGCACGCGCCUCAAGAAGGUACGAGGAGCGGCGGAGGGGCUGGAGGCGGCGCGCCGGCGGGAGGCGGAGCGCGAGGAGCGCGAGCGGCUGGCGCGCAAGCAGCGCGUCGAGGCCAUCAUGGCGCGCACGCGCCUCAAGAAGGUACGAGGAGCGGCGGAGGGGCUGGAGGCGGCGCGCCGGCGGGAGGCGGAGCGCGAGGAGCGCGAGCGGCUGGCGCGCAAGCAGCGCGUCGAGGCCAUCAUGGCGCGCACGCGCCUCAAGAAGGUACGAGGAGCGGCGGAGGGGCUGGAGGCGGCGCGCCGGCGGGAGGCGGAGCGCGAGGAGCGCGAGCGGCUGGCGCGCAAGCAGCGCGUCGAGGCCAUCAUGGCGCGCACGCGCCUCAAGAAGGUACGAGGAGCGGCGGAGGGGCUGGAGGCGGCGCGCCGGCGGGAGGCGGAGCGCGAGGAGCGCGAGCGGCUGGCGCGCAAGCAGCGCGUCGAGGCCAUCAUGGCGCGCACGCGCCUCAAGAAGGUACGAGGAGCGGCGGAGGGGCUGGAGGCGGCGCGCCGGCGGGAGGCGGAGCGCGAGGAGCGCGAGCGGCUGGCGCGCAAGCAGCGCGUCGAGGCCAUCAUGGCGCGCACGCGCCUCAAGAAGGUACGAGGAGCGGCGGAGGGGCUGGAGGCGGCGCGCCGGCGGGAGGCGGAGCGCGAGGAGCGCGAGCGGCUGGCGCGCAAGCAGCGCGUCGAGGCCAUCAUGGCGCGCACGCGCCUCAAGAAGGUACGAGGAGCGGCGGAGGGGCUGGAGGCGGCGCGCCGGCGGGAGGCGGAGCGCGAGGAGCGCGAGCGGCUGGCGCGCAAGCAGCGCGUCGAGGCCAUCAUGGCGCGCACGCGCCUCAAGAAGGUACGAGGAGCGGCGGAGGGGCUGGAGGCGGCGCGCCGGCGGGAGGCGGAGCGCGAGGAGCGCGAGCGGCUGGCGCGCAAGCAGCGCGUCGAGGCCAUCAUGGCGCGCACGCGCCUCAAGAAGGUACGAGGAGCGGCGGAGGGGCUGGAGGCGGCGCGCCGGCGGGAGGCGGAGCGCGAGGAGCGCGAGCGGCUGGCGCGCAAGCAGCGCGUCGAGGCCAUCAUGGCGCGCACGCGCCUCAAGAAGGUACGAGGAGCGGCGGAGGGGCUGGAGGCGGCGCGCCGGCGGGAGGCGGAGCGCGAGGAGCGCGAGCGGCUGGCGCGCAAGCAGCGCGUCGAGGCCAUCAUGGCGCGCACGCGCCUCAAGAAGGUACGAGGAGCGGCGGAGGGGCUGGAGGCGGCGCGCCGGCGGGAGGCGGAGCGCGAGGAGCGCGAGCGGCUGGCGCGCAAGCAGCGCGUCGAGGCCAUCAUGGCGCGCACGCGCCUCAAGAAGGUACGAGGAGCGGCGGAGGGGCUGGAGGCGGCGCGCCGGCGGGAGGCGGAGCGCGAGGAGCGCGAGCGGCUGGCGCGCAAGCAGCGCGUCGAGGCCAUCAUGGCGCGCACGCGCCUCAAGAAGGUACGAGGAGCGGCGGAGGGGCUGGAGGCGGCGCGCCGGCGGGAGGCGGAGCGCGAGGAGCGCGAGCGGCUGGCGCGCAAGCAGCGCGUCGAGGCCAUCAUGGCGCGCACGCGCCUCAAGAAGGUACGAGGAGCGGCGGAGGGGCUGGAGGCGGCGCGCCGGCGGGAGGCGGAGCGCGAGGAGCGCGAGCGGCUGGCGCGCAAGCAGCGCGUCGAGGCCAUCAUGGCGCGCACGCGCCUCAAGAAGGUACGAGGAGCGGCGGAGGGGCUGGAGGCGGCGCGCCGGCGGGAGGCGGAGCGCGAGGAGCGCGAGCGGCUGGCGCGCAAGCAGCGCGUCGAGGCCAUCAUGGCGCGCACGCGCCUCAAGAAGGUACGAGGAGCGGCGGAGGGGCUGGAGGCGGCGCGCCGGCGGGAGGCGGAGCGCGAGGAGCGCGAGCGGCUGGCGCGCAAGCAGCGCGUCGAGGCCAUCAUGGCGCGCACGCGCCUCAAGAAGGUACGAGGAGCGGCGGAGGGGCUGGAGGCGGCGCGCCGGCGGGAGGCGGAGCGCGAGGAGCGCGAGCGGCUGGCGCGCAAGCAGCGCGUCGAGGCCAUCAUGGCGCGCACGCGCCUCAAGAAGGUACGAGGAGCGGCGGAGGGGCUGGAGGCGGCGCGCCGGCGGGAGGCGGAGCGCGAGGAGCGCGAGCGGCUGGCGCGCAAGCAGCGCGUCGAGGCCAUCAUGGCGCGCACGCGCCUCAAGAAGGUACGAGGAGCGGCGGAGGGGCUGGAGGCGGCGCGCCGGCGGGAGGCGGAGCGCGAGGAGCGCGAGCGGCUGGCGCGCAAGCAGCGCGUCGAGGCCAUCAUGGCGCGCACGCGCCUCAAGAAGCAAGCUGAAGAAGACAAGAAGCAACAGGAAAUGAAAACGCAACAAAAUCAAUCAGCCAGUGAGACCAACAACACGUCGACAGAAAACUCACCGGCAAAUAACACACAGGAGAACGCAGCUACCCAAGAAGAUUCAGCAGUAACAAUUGCUACACAAGAUAGCUCAGCAGUUGUUUCACAAGAAAGUGUAGCGCCCGUAGCAAACGUCCAAAAUUCAAUUAACACUGUUGAGAGUCCAAAUGUGACCCAAGUAAAUAAUUCCAAUCAAGAUAGUGCAGUAACAAACGAUGAACAAGACAGUACAGUUGUAGAUAGUUCAGCAGUUGUAAAUUCAACACCUGCAGAAAAUUCAAAACCUGCAGAAAAUUCAAAACCUGCAGAAAAUUCAACACCUGUAGAAAAUUCAGCAGUUGUGAGUUCAGCACCUGUAGAAAGUACAGUCGUCGAAACUGUGUCCGAUAGCAGUAAUGGAAAUGUAGAGACUGGAGAUUUGCUACAGCUUGCCGUUAGUCAGCCGGAUGCGCCAAAAGAGACACAAGCGCCAGUCACCAACAACGGCAACGUGACUGCCGACCUGCUGGGCCUUGUCCAGCAACAUGAGACAAAGGACAAACAAGACGAGCAGCCCAAGCAACUAGACAAUCCAACGUUGGACGCCAACAACGGCAAUGUUGGCCGUAUAUCAGCCAACUUCAUACAGUCCGAACGACGAGACGACUUCGCCUCUCACAACGGACACAAACACACACACCCGCUGACACUACAGAACGCCAUCUAGACAUGUGUCAGACACUGUCACGUGACGUCACGUCUAGGGUUAGUGUCCCUUGUGCAUAUUGACUACAACAACAGCGGAAAAUGAGUGUAGCACUUAAGGUUGUUAGGAUUCUUUGAGUGUAUAUUGGCUAGGCGAGCCACCUGAGACAGGUGUAGCGACUAUUAGCAAUGAUAUUAAUUUUCUUUGUCCGUAUUGGCUAGGCGACUAGACUAGACUUAUGACGUCAUAAUACACUACUAUAAUAGAAGAUAUAAAUAUAUAAAAAUCUCGUGUCACAUUGUUUGUUACAGAACUCCUCCAAAACGGCUUGACCGAUUUUUUAUGACUUUUUAUGUACUUGGUAGGUCUGAGAGUAGGUCGUAGGCUAUUUUUUAUAUCCCAAGGUGAUAAUGGUGUCCAUAUCCAUAAGGCAGAACUACAUUUGCCAGAUCAGCCAACAUUAAAUAUAAAUAUUCUUUGUGUUAAUUGUUUAUGAUUAAAAUAAUUAAAGCCUACGAUCACAUACUAAUGAAAUUAAACAUAUAAGAUAGUUGUUGUGUAUUUGUUAAAGUAGUGUACUGUGACGUCACAAAAUGUAUUCUGAUCUCUGACAUCUGAUCUUAUACAACUUGUUACAAAUACUAUAAAUUAAAUUUUAAAUGCUGAUAAAUUUUUAAAGUUAUUAGACCUCGCUCUGUCUGUUCAAUAUGAGGUUAUUAUAAAUUUCGCUUCAUAUUUUUAGUUUUGUGUAAAUAAUAUCGGCACUAAAUGAGCUCUUCAUGAAAUCAUUCCGCUAAUGUGAAAUUGAGAAUUCCUAUAUUUGAUAUAAGAUAGGGCUAGGUUUCCAAGGUGCCUUUACGUUUUAAUUUAUUAAAAAAAAAAAAACGGUGCUAAAAAAUUAAUAAAUUAAUGAAAUUUAAUUUCAUCAAUGUUAAAGUACAAAAAUGAAAAAAAAAAUACAGUAAAGCACAAUAGUUAAGUCGAGUGGUUCGUUUUAGCCAAUAUGUAUGUCAAAGAAUAGUUUGUAUAUAUUCACACAGAUGCUAUCUCUUUCGCCCAUUCACGUUAGAAAGGGAUAGCAAUACAUUUGACAGUUCAAGAUUAAUCUGUCGAUUUGUUGUCUGUCGUGAAUGUAACUAAUGUUGGCACAUGAUAAAAAUAGUUAUUAUUAUUAAUUAUUGCAUUUAAAUCGCAAAUCCAUGAUUCUAUUGUGAAUUAAUGAAAAAUAUAUCUAGGCUUUUUUUGUUCUGCUAAUUUUAAGCGAAGAAUUAAAUAAAAAAAUGGGUCAUAAUCAUCGUCUGACGUUCCUUAUACGACAGAUUUAAUGUUUAAAAAAAUGUUACUUUGCUCUUUUAAUUAUGAGUUGUGACAGAUGAAUGCAGAUUUUUUUCUAAUCUAAUAAUCAGGUGAUUUAGUUUUGAUAAAAUAUGGUAUCCUUAUAAAAGUUUCUUAUUCAGUUUAUUAUUUAUAUUAAUAAAAAAAAAAAUGUUCAUCUGUCAGUUUCUAAGAUAUUAAUUAACCAACACAGAUAAAAUAAAAAACUAAAUAACGAUCGUUCGGUGUAUAGGUUGUGUAUAGCGACACUGGUGUGCAGUGUUACAAUAUUUAAUAUAAGUUCUAUUUAUUGUGAUGUUUUUUUUAUUAUUAAUAAUAGAUAAUUCGGCUUUGCGUAUCGCAGCCGUUAGCCGUUAUUAAAAUACAUUUCUUUUUUUAUUAUUUCACGGAAUAAUGACAUAUGGUAACACAGAAAUUAAUUGUCCAAAUUAAUGAUGAAAAAGCUAUCUUCGUGUUUUUUUGAAUUUACUGUCAAAUAUUAUUGAGAUUUUUUUUUGUAGCUUAAAUGUGUAUUAAUUCGCUUUUCUCAAUAAAUUGAUACGCGAUGGUGCGAGGAAGACAGACAUAUGAUAGUUAGCGUGAGUGCAAAAGAGAACGAGAUACAUUUAAACAUAAUACAUAAUUGCUUUUAUACUAUCUAUAGUAUCAAUUUUAUUUUCAUAAUAGUAAAGUAAUCAAUUUCACUUAAAGACCGACAAAUCUGUAUGAGAAAUUAAAAUGCGCUAAAUGUCAAAUGUCUGAAACCUAUUUAAAAAUAAAUAAAACGCUAGCUAUACCUAAGAAAAAAAAACAAUAAUCUGUGUAAUUGUAAUAAUUACGAACUGAGUCACUGAGAUACAUAUGUCAUUGCUUACGAUUAUCAUAUAGCGACCGAACAGCUUUGAUAUUAGACAAAUGAUUUUGAUCCUCCAUUUAACUAUAUAUAUUAACAAAUCUUGGUACGUUUUCUCGUGUAGAUUAUCUGGAGGUCAAAAAUAACGAUACGAACUUACGACGCAAAAUAUUAUAAUAACAAUAAUUAACUGUAGGUUAUUUAAAAAAAAAAAGCAUAAACAAUUAUUUGUAAUAUAAGUAGUUAGCUUUCAAAAUAUAAUCUUAGUCUGUUUACAAUUUGCCCUUUUUUUGUUGUUGAACAAUACGUUUCUUAUUUCCGAAAAUGGUCACAUCAUUAUAGCCUUAGAAUUUAGGCUAUAAUGGUAACAAUAAUAAUACCCUAUUUAUACCACGUCCGUUGAACCAAAACAUUCUGUAAUUCCUAUUUAUCGAUUUAGUUGUUAUAACAAAUUAUAAUUAAUACUGGGAUUCGUUUUCCCUUUUAUUGUAUAUUCCAUUUUUUAUAUCACCCUAUAUUAUCGAUGGACUGAAGUAAAAAUGGCGUACGCUUGAUUUGACGUUUGAUGUAAAUUGAGUAAAUUCCCAAAAUUGUCGACUUAGUGUUUCCAUUUAGAUAUUUUUAUGAAAUAUUUUUCUUCAAUGUAAUUAUGAAUAAAAUGCAUAAUAAUUUAUUUAGUUCAAUAUUUUGUUUUUUUUGUACGCCUAAACCAGAUAGUGUACUCUCUCGCUUGUGUAGGUAAAGAUAUACAAUUUUUGCUAAUCGUCCAUUUUGUAACAUUGAAUAAAAAUCAUGUAGUCCAAACUGCGACGGCCUUAACUUUACGCUAUUAUUUCUUAUAAACGUUUAAUUUAGUAUAAAAAUUGUUUUUUUAAAUGUGUGAUACGGUGCCAUUUUGAGCGUUCGUUAUAACGAUAAGUACUGUUUGGUUAUCUGUAUAUCGUCCAAACAAAAUAACGACCAAAAAUUUUAAAGUGAUUUUAUUCGAUGUUGAUUUGACUUAGAGCGUUACCAAUUCUUGUAUUUUUUAAUUCUAAUAAUAUUGUCAUGUAUUUCGUUGUUUGUUUGGGCGAUAUUGUUACUUAUAUCUUACAUAUCCGUUAUUGUAGUAUCCAAACAAAGCGAGUGAACAAAAUGGCGGCGUGUCACACUUUCGCGCGUUUGCGGCUGUCAGUUAAACGUAUGUAUUUAUAUCACUCGAGACAUGGCUUCUAUAUACGUUCUAUUCUUUAUUAUGUUAGCAAACGAUGGAUUUAUAAGGAGAAAGUUUUAAUAAAAAAUAUUAU